CCUCUGGGGAGCUCAGAGACCCAGGGUGGGAGCUGCGUGUCCGCGUGCGGUGAGUGAUGGGAACAGACUGUCUCCGCUGGCAUGGCGCAGGCACAAAAUGUUCCGGUGCCCAACCUGCGCGUCAGGUGUCCAAUGGCCCCGCGCUCUGCGGCUCCCUCCUCUGGAGCUGGGAUCCCACUCCCCCUCCUCCCGACCCUAGCUCCAGCGGCUGACGGUCUGGUUCUGCUGGCACUUGGGAAGGAUGCGUUUUCAUAUGAGCCUGCAUCGGGCUGAGUUACAGACAAUUAAUAUGCAAAAUUAGCCUCGGAAGUUGAUUUGUUCCGUUUUGGGUUGGACAAGGCAACCCAUUGAGUUUCACUAUGGGAGCUGUGGUGGUUGAUGAUGCUCCAUCUGGUGUCAAAGCCCCUGAUGGGGGUUGGGGCUGGGCCGUUCUCUUUGGAGGGUUUGUCAUCACUGGAUUUUCCUAUGCCUUUCCAAAGGCUGUUAGUGUCUUCUUUAAAGAGCUUAUCCGGGAGUUUGGUGUUGGAUACAGUGACACAGCAUGGAUCUCCUCCAUUCUACUGGCUAUGCUCUAUGGAACAGGUCCCCUGUGUAGCAUGUGUGUCAAUUGGUUUGGCUGUCGUCCAGUCAUGCUGGUUGGAGGGCUCUUUGCUUCGCUGGGGAUGGUGACAGCUUCCUUCUGUACCAGCAUCAUUCAGCUCUAUCUCACUGCAGGUGUCAUUACUGGUUUGGGUCUGGCACUCAACUUCCAGCCAUCACUCAUCAUGUUAAAUCGCUACUUUGACAAACGCCGCCCUUUAGCUAAUGGGCUUGCUGCUGCUGGAAGCCCUGUGUUUCUUUGUACCCUCUCUCCUCUGGGGCAAAUACUGCAACAUGAGUAUGGCUGGCGAGGAGGAUUCCUUAUACUGGGCGGAAUGCUGCUCAACUGCUGUGUUUGUGGAGCAUUAAUGAGGCCUUUGGAGCCUCCUAAGAAAUCUGAAGCUGCUAAAGAACUUACUGAGAAGAAAACAAAGAAAAAGCUUCUGGAUUUCAGUGUCUUUAAAGAUGUUGGUUUUUUAGUCUACACUGUGGCUGCCUCCAUCAUGGUGCUGGGCCUCUUUGUGCCUCCAGUCUUUGUGGUGAGCUAUGCCAAGGAUUUGGGAUAUCCAGACACCAAAUCAGCUUUUCUUCUGAGCAUUCUUGGAUUCGUUGAUAUCUUUGCCCGGCCUAUUUGUGGAGUAGUAGCUGGUCUGAAGUGGGUCAGACCACGCUGUGUUUAUCUCUUUAGUUUUGCUAUGAUUUUUAAUGGUUUUACAGAUCUCAUGGGUUCCAUGUCUACCAAUUAUGGUGGCUUGGCGGUCUUCUGCAUUUUCUUUGGCAUUUCCUAUGGAAUGGUAGGUGCUCUUCAGUUUGAAGUUCUCAUGGCUAUUGUUGGUACUCAGAAAUUUUCCAGUGCCAUUGGCUUGGUGCUUCUGGCUGAAGCUCUAGCUGUUCUAAUCGGUCCACCAUCAGCAGGCAAACUCUUGGAUGCAACAGGCAGGUAUAUGUUUGUUUUUAUUAUUGCUGGAGUUGAAGUUGUUACUUCAGCCCUUGUGAUGGCUUUAGGAAAUUUCUUCUGUGUUAAGAAAAAAUCAGAAGUGCCACAAACAAAAGAGGAGGCAGCAGAAAGAGAAGAGUUAAACAAAUCCGAAGACAAAACACCUGAAGAUGCCAAGGUGGACUCUAUUGAAGUAGAACAAUUUCUGAAAGAUGAACCUGAAAAAAAUGGGGAAGUUGUAACUAACCCAGAAACGUGUGUGUGAGUGAUACAGGAUGAGUGGCAAAGCAUUUAGGGAAGAGUGAGAUAAUUUCAACACUAUUUUAGAAACGGAACUAGUUUAGGGCUGGGCCAUCUGCUUGACCAACUGGGGGCCAAUCAGCUAAUCAAAUCACUGUUUGGAAGCUUUAUUAGGAAUCCUUUUCACCUAAAACUGGAUUUAUCUGUGAGAGGUGGAGCUCUGUGUUUGUAACAUUUUAAGUAAACUAAGCAGCCUUUGUAACCAAAUGUAGAAAUCCUGCUAUGCAUCACCAGAAAAUUCUCACUUGGAAGAAAAUAUAUUUGAAUUAGAGAGGAAUGAUAUGUACAUUUUCAUUCAAUAUGGGUGAAAUUGUUUGUGUUUAUGUGUGGUACAAUUAAACGUAACUUCCCUUUCUGUGUUCUUUCUCAAGGAGAAAGAAUGAGAUGAGGGAAAAAGAUCUCAGGAACUUGCUGGUCUCCAGAAGGUUUUUGAAACAUCUUACUUUUAGUUAUUUUUAGAUUUUUUUGGCUCAGCCCUAAUCUAAGUUGGAUAAUAAGAAUAAUAUCUAUUACUUUGUUUUAAGUAAGUGUAUUUCUGAGUUUUAGCUAAACAUGUAAUUUUCUUAAUUGGGAUUUUUAUUGUAAAUAUUGUACACUGAAAGGCACUCAGACCCUGUUCUUAGCAAAUCACAUAAUUGCUAUUCCUAAAUAGCAUCUAAAGAAAAUGAAAUGAGCAGUA